AACAACAACAAUACCUCCGUCCUAGCCUCACCGCCUCGGCCAAGAGGUCAAAAAACCGGCGAAUAAAACCGAGGAGACUUAGAAAUUAACACUUGAUAACAUCCAAAUAUUCAAUUUUCUUCUUUAUUGCCGUCACGUUUGAGUCCUCAGAGGGUAGUGGCUCGCGGGACGCUGGCUGCAGCUCGGGUGCGGCUAACCGAGGCUAGCCGAGGCUAACCUCCCAGGGAGCUUUAAGAGGCAAAAACGCGUUUUUAAACGUCGACCUUCUGCUGCAAACUCGGUGUUGGAGCAGCAGCCUCCCCGUCAGGAGGAGGUAUCAGCAGGCACUGGGGUGUUGGAGGUAUGACUGCGUUGGCGGGGUCAAUACCCAGGAUGAUGCGACCCACGCUGGCUCAGAACUACCCCCGCAGCGGCUUCCCACUGGAAGUGUCCACCCCGUUGGGUCAAGGCCGUGUGAACCAGCUCGGAGGAGUUUUCAUAAAUGGCAGACCUUUGCCCAACCAUAUCCGACAUAAAAUCGUGGAGAUGGCCCACCACGGCAUCAGGCCGUGUGUCAUCUCCCGACAGCUCCGGGUCUCUCACGGCUGCGUGUCCAAAAUCCUGUGCCGGUACCAGGAGACGGGCUCAAUCAGACCUGGGGCCAUCGGUGGCAGCAAACCCAAGCAGGGCACAACGCCGGACGUAGAGAAGAGAAUAGAAGAAUACAAGCGGGAAAACCCGGGUAUGUUUAGCUGGGAGAUUCGGGAUAAAUUACUGAAGGAUGGGAUAUGUGACCGCAACAACGUUCCUUCAGUGAGCUCCAUCAGUCGCACCAUGCGGAGUAAGUUCGGAGGAAAAGGCGACGAAGAGGAGGAUGAGGAGGAAAUUGAGAGGAAAGAGUUGGAGGAGAGCGACCGGAGGGCCAAACACAGCAUCGAAGGCAUCUUAGGAGACAGAUCAAGUCACUCAGAUGAGGGUUCGGAUGUGGAGUCAGAACCUGAUCUGCCGCUUAAGAGGAAGCAGCGGCGCAGUCGGACCACCUUCACAGCAGAGCAGCUGGAAGAGCUGGAGAGGGCCUUCGAGAGGACCCACUACCCCGACAUUUACACCAGGGAGGAGCUCGCCCAGAGGGCCAAGCUCACAGAGGCCAGGGUCCAGGUUUGGUUCAGCAACAGGCGGGCGAGGUGGAGGAAGCAAGCAGGAGCCAGUCAACUGAUGGCAUUUAAUCACCUCAUCCCAGGGGGUUUCCCACCUUCAGCCAUGUCCAGCAUCCCCCCCUACCAGCUCUCUGACAGCACCUACCCCCCCUCAUCUAUAGCACAAGAGCCGCCCAGCACGGUGCAUCGGCCCCAGCCUCUCCCUCCUUCCUCGGGCCACCAAGCCAAUGGUGGUGGAGGCCAGGUAGAAGGAGGCUCUGCCUACUGCCUCGCCUCCGGACGCCACUCCUUCUCAGGCUACUCGGAUAGCUUUGUGAGUGCUGGAGGACCGGCUAAUCCCAUGAACCCCGCCAUAGGAAACGGACUCUCUCCUCAGGUGAUGGGUCUGCUGAACCCGGGCGGUGUGCCUCAUCAGCCCCAAAGCGACUACGCCAUCUCCCCUCUGACGGGCGGCCUGGAGCCUCCUGCUGGCAUGGCUGCCAGCUGCAGCCAGCGCAUGGAUCACAUCAAGGGCCUGGAGGGUCUCACCAGUGUUCCCUCCAUGUCGGCUCUGCCCUCCCUGCCCAGCUCCCAGUCCUACUGCCCGCCUUCCUACAGCUCACCGGGCUACACCGUCGACCAUGUGGCGUCCUACCAGUACGGCCAGUACGGACAAAGUAAGGUGCCCUUUCUUAUCUGAGGCCUGAAAUCACCUGAGCUUCGGACUUGACGUGAACAGUGUGUACAGUGAUGGAAAUCUUUUAAUAUCUGGACCAAAAUUUAUUUUGCUACCAUAUACUGGACGUGUUCUCUACAACAGGACGUUAUAUUAUUAAUUCUUGGUGGAGAAAAAAAAAAAAGAAGGGACCACAAGAAGGAAUAUCAGACCAAAAACUGUUGAUUGACUGUGAAGAAAAAAACUGUUGAUUGACUGUGAACAUCGCAUCAGUAUUGUGGAUGGACGGCAGAGAUGUCGGUGCUUGAUGUGGUGCAGAGCUCUGAGCGUCUACGGUGCCCUGCAGAGACACAGACAAAUCCAGCGACCAAACACUGUUCAUAGGCUGCCUGUGGGGUCUCUGUGAGGACAUCAAACCCAAAUCUCUUCGUAGUAAUCGACAAACCUCUGAGGCGAUGCUUGAAGGAACAUGUUUACAUAUCUUAGGGCCACAUGAGUACGUAUGAAAUUCCAUGUAUCCCCAAAUUAAUCCCCAUAUUGUAUCUGCUGAACGGGGAAAAAAAGAAAAGGGCUUUGUUGAUUUUAUUGCAUUUGUUUGAGAUCUGUGCAUCCCACACAUGGAGAGAAAUUCCAGAGUUGGAGAAAACAAACGUGAGCGAACGAAUGUGUGGGUUUAUUGUAUCCAAUGUACACCACAGCUGUACUGCAGUGAAAGUUCAUUCAAACAUUCCUCCUACCUCCUCCUCCUCUGUCUCCUUCUCUCUCUCUCUCUCCUCUCGCCUUUCUGUGUCAUUGAUGUUUCGGGCGGUGAGGCAGGGAUCCCGGCCUUUUGUAGUUUUAGAGAGGAACUCCGAGGAGGUCAGGGGGUGACUUUAGGGAAAGUGACAGAUGAGAGAGCAGUAGAGGAGGGCGGCGGAGA